GAUCCAGUGCCGAUCCAUGUACGUCUAUCCACUCCUCUCCUAGUCUUGCGUCCUAAAAAACACUUAGUGAACGACUUUACCAAAUGGGUCGAUAAUCACCCAGAAGUCAUUAUCGUAUCCAUCAAUUAUCGACUGCACUUUUUUGGAUACCCUCCUACACCGGCAAUUUCCUCUGAGGAAUCGAAUGCUGGCUUGCGCGAUCAGUUCCUCGCGGUGGAGUGGGUACACCAGAACAUUGCCGCAUUCGGAGGAGAUCCCAAUAGAUUGAUACUCGCUGGCCAAUCGGCAGGCGCAGCCAGCACCGCUGGGUAUCUCUAUUCUCACCCUAAAGACCCGUUGAUCAGCGGAGCAAUCAUCAUGAGCGGAAAUGUACAGUUUACGAGCGGAGCACUCUCGUACUUUUUCACUCCUGGGGUGGUCAACAUCAGCGAGCCUUUUCAGAGG